AGCUGUCAGGAGUGUUUGAGAAAAACAACGGUAGCGUAAGUUUUUAUUGCAAAAUUUGACUUUCCUAACACUUUACGAGAGAAGGAGUUAAUAGACAGUUUUUCAGCAAUGGCUCUUGAAACACAGGGCGUGCCUAAACUUGAAUUGGAGGCUGUUAUCGGCUUCAACGGGUGCGUGCCCUCUGGCCUGAGAGUCCAUCCAGACAGAGAGCACCUCAUCUAUCCUCUGGGAUGUACAGUCAUUCUUAAGAGAAUCAAAGAUGGCAAACAGGAGUUCCUGCAUGGACACACAAACAAUGUGUCCUGUAUUUCUGUGUCCAAAAGUGGAUUAUAUGUUGCCUCUGGACAGAUCAACUUCAGGGGCUUUAAGGCUAUGGUGAUCAUCUGGGACUAUGCACAGCGAACAGUUUAUGCCGAGCUGGUGGUCCACAUGGCACAAGUAAAGGCACUGGCCUUCUCUCCCAACGACAAGUAUCUGGUGUCCCUGGGAGGUCAGGAUGAUGACAGCAUUGUGGUAUGGAAUAUUGAGACAAAGCAGGCCAUCUGUGGGAGCCCAGCGUUAGCACAUAGUGCCGGUUACUGCCUCACAGUGCAGUACUCCAACACAAAUGACAACAUCUUUGUCUCUGCUGGGAGCGGAACACUGCGAGUCUGGGAGCUGGACCUCACUAACAGGAAGAUCAGGCCCACAGAGUGCCAGACAGGGAAGCUGAAGAGGAUUGUGAAAUGUGUAGAGAUCACAGAGGACGAUCGAUUCAUUUUCUGUGGCACCACCAGUGGAGACAUAAUGAAAGUCAACAUGAAGACUGGGCUUCUGAGUGACUGUGGUCCAGUAAAAACAAAAUACAGCCUGGGUGUCAAUGUCCUUAGAAUACUGAAGUCUGGAAACCUGCUUGUAGGUUCUGGAUCUGGCACCUUCACUCUGUGUUCCUGCACUAACUUCAAAACUCUUAAGGAGGUCCAGCUGGAAAAGGGGGUGACCUCCAUUGCAAUAAGAGGAGAGGGCCAGCAGUUCUUUGUCGGGACAGAGGCUGCUCAGAUGUACCGCUUCAGUUAUGAGGACUUCAAAGCUGAGCUCAUUUCCACCAGCCACAGCAGUGCUGUCAAGGACGUAGCCAUAUGUUUUGGAACAUCUGAAUUAUUUGCAACCUGCUCUGAGGAGGACAUCAGGUUGUGGCACAUAGACAAGCCCAAAGAGCUGCUGCGCAUCACUGUACCCAACAUGACCUGCAAUUCCCUGGACUUCAUGGUUGACGGACAUAGCAUCAUCAGUGCAUGGAAUGAUGGUAGGAUUCGUGUGUUUGCACCGGAAAGUGGCCGCCUCAUGGUCAUCAUUCACAACGCGCACAGAAUGGGUGUGACAGCCAUAGCUGGCACCAGGGACUGCAAGAGGAUCGUCAGUGGAGGGGGAGAAGGGCAGGUGCGUGUUUGGGAGCUGCAGCCACACAGCCAUCGUCUGAUGGAGACCAUGAAAGAGCACAAAGCCACCAUCACUUGUAUCAAAAUCAAGAGCAACGAUAAAGAGUGUGUCACUGCCAGCUCCGAUGGUGCCUGCAUCAUCUGGGACAUAGUGCGAUUUGUGAGUCUUCAAAUGGUAAUUGCCAACACACUGUUCCGGAUUGUGUGCUACCACCCAGAGGAGUACCAGCUCAUUACCAGUGGCACUGACAGAAAGGUUGCCUACUGGGACGUGUAUGACGGAUCUGCCAUCAGAGAAGUGGAGGGCUCGCAGUCUGGGGCCAUCAACGGCAUGCACAUCUCACAGGAUGGCAAACACUUUGUGACAGGUGGAGAUGACAAGCUGGUGAAGGUGUGGGACUACAUGGAAGGUACAGUCACCCACAUAGGAAUAGCUCACGGUGGCAGCAUCACCAGCAUCAAGAUCUGCUCCAACAACCGCACCUUAGUCAGCACCAGCGCAGACGGAGCCAUUCUUCGAUGGAGGUUCCCUCACCCUUCCUCCUCUUAAUGUGACAUUUAGAGUCCUUGACACUGGAGGCAAAAGAAACUUUUAAUCCAGUAACACACACACUCAAAUGUAUCCAACAUUUUCUUUCUUAGCAAAUCUUCCCAACAAUCUCACAUUAACAUUGCAGAUUGGAUUUACACUCUGACCAAAGGAAAUAAAUGUAAU